AUUCCUGCUUUCUGGCCAUCCCAACAUGAACCGCCAAUUCACCUGCAAGUCUGGAGCUGCCACCAAGGGUGGCUUCAGUGGCUGCUCAGCAGUCCUUUCUGGGGGCAGCUCAUCCUCCUACUGGGCAGGAGGCAGAGGGCUUAGUGGUAGCUUUGGCAGCCGGAGCCUCUACAACCUGGGGGGCACCCGGAGCAUCUCCCUCAAUGUGGCCAGUGGCAGUGGGAGGACAGGGGGCUAUGGGUUUGGCCAGGGCCGGGUCAGUGGCUUUGCAGGAAGCAUGUUUGGGGGUGUGGCCUUGGGGCCCUUGUGCUCAACUGUGUGCCCUCCAGGAGGCAUCCACCAGGUCACCAUCAACAAAAGCCUUUUGGCCCCCCUCAAUGUAGAGCUGGACCCUGAGAUCCAGAAAGUACGCACUCAGGAGCGGGAGCAGAUCAAGGCACUGAACAACAAAUUUGCUUCCUUCAUCGACAAGGUGCGGUUCCUGGAGCAGCAGAACCAGGUGCUGGAGACCAAGUGGGAGUUGCUGCAGCAGCUGGACCUGAACAACUGCAAGAACAACUUGGAGCCCAUCCUUGAGGGCUAUAUUGGUAACCUGCGGAAGCAGUUGGAAACGCUGUCUGGGGACAGAGUAAGGCUAGACUCAGAGCUGAGAAGCAUGCGGGAUGUGGUAGAGGACUACAAGAAGAGGUAUGAGGAGGAAAUAAACAAGCGCACAACAGCUGAGAACGAAUUUGUGGUGCUCAAGAAGGAUGUGGAUGCUGCUUACAUGAACAAAGUGGAGCUGCAGGCCAAGGUGGAUGCCCUUGAUGGAGAAAUCAAGUUCCUCAAGUGUCUAUAUGAGGGGGAGAUUGCUCAGAUCCAGUCCCACAUCAGUGACACAUCUGUCAUUCUGUCUAUGGACAAUAACCGCAACCUGGACCUGGACAGCAUCAUUGCCGAGGUCCGCACCCAGUACGAGGAGAUUGCCCUGAAGAGCAAGGCUGAGGCAGAAGCCCUGUACCAGACCAAGUUCCAAGAGCUCCAACUGGCUGCUGGGCGGCAUGGAGAUGACCUCAAACAUACUAAGAAUGAGAUUUCAGAGCUGACUCGUCUCAUCCAAAGGCUGCGAUCGGAGAUUGAGAGUGUGAAGAAACAGUGCUCCAACCUGGAGACAGCUAUUGCUGAUGCCGAGCAGCGGGGAGACUGUGCUCUGAAGGACGCCCGGGCCAAGCUAGAUGAGCUGGAGGCUGCUCUACACCAGGCCAAGGAGGAGCUGGCCAGGAUGCUGCGAGAGUACCAGGAGCUGAUGAGUGUGAAACUGGCCUUGGACAUUGAGAUUGCCACCUACCGCAAGCUGCUGGAGGGCGAGGAGUGCAGGAUGUCUGGAGAGUACACCAACUCUGUGAGCAUUUCAGUCAUCAGCAGUUCCACAGCUGGGACCUCAGGCACAGGCACCAGCUUUGGGUUCAGCGGUGCUGGCACCUAUGGCUACCGACCCAGCUCUGUCGGCGGGGGCUACAGCAUACUGUCUGGGGGCUGUGUCACUGGCAGUGGGAACUGCAGCCCCCGUGGGGAAACCAGGACCAGGUUGGGAAGUGCAAGUGAAUUCAAGGAUCCCUUGGGAAAGACAUCAACUCUGAACUCAUCCCCAAAGAAAACUAUGAGAUAA